UAUUUAAAAAUAUAUAUGUAUAUAUUUACAUAAUUGUCUAAUUGUCACGUCGCACGUACGUGAUGUAUAUGUCGUUAUCCCGACGAUGGGAAACACCGAUCAAUUCUCCGUUAAAACUUCCAUCCUUCCGAUGUUCUAAUGUUCCGAUUUACGUCAUUUCCAUGUCGCGAUACGAGAGAUACGUACAUAGUUUGAGAUAUUACAGUCGCAUCGCGAUGGAAGGACGAAGGUAUAGUAAAGGUACCAGAUCGCACAUCACGUGCGUUGUAUGUUACUAGCAUUAUCGUUGCGCUCGUGUUUUGUUCGCAACUCUGUGUCUUUUGUUUAUGUUUAAUGUCAUUUACGACUAUGCGGCCGACUACGCGUGUCGUUACGAACGAUUUCGUAAAAUCGCGGGAGACCACGCAGCGUGCAGACCACGUUGGAUUCAUAUUUUUAUAUGAGAGACGAGAGACUAGACACUGUUGCCGAAUUUACUCUCGCGACGGCUCGUCCAUCUAAAGUAGGCUGUGACAGUAACGAUGUUCUUAAAUUUGAAAAAUUUAACGUAUCGCUUGUAUCGCGUUGGGCGAUUUUUUCGUUGAAAAUCAUAAAAGUUAUAAAGUAACUUCGAGUUUAAACGUUUGAGAGAACGUCCGUACUCGCAGGUGAUUGGUCAACGAACUUGACCAACUUGACCGAAAUAUAUAUUUGCAAAAUGUCAAUGCGGAGAACUGUCAAAAUUUAGAAAAUGACAGUAUUUUGGGAAGACGAAUUUGCGUCUAGUUCGAAAGAAUAAUCAAUCGUUGUUAUCGAGAGAUAAAGAUUAGAAAGAUCAAGAUCUUGAGCGAGACGAAUAUUAUCGUUGUUUACUCUCCAGUAUUAAAAAUACGUACGGACAGGCGUAUAACCUCAAAGUGCGUUACAAGUUUCAACGUUAAUUCAAAAUCUCGUCGCGUAACGAUAACGUUGGCGUAACGAGAUCGUUUUAUUCUUUUAAUGACAUUACUCGUGCAAUAUUAUGAAAGUGUAUAAUGGAGGUGUCAGAGGCGAGAAAUCUCGUUAGAGAUUUGGAUUUAACCCUACAACCUCGUAUCUUUCCACGAUAUAAAACUUGGCUUCCCCUUGCUACACAACAGUUGAGACUUAGGAAUCUUAUACAAAUAAUAGGAUGCAAUCUGAAAACAAAUACGAAUAAUGAACUUUGUUGGUUUUAUUAUACGUUGCAUAGAACAAGUAUGUCUUCUCCUAUAUAUACGAGCGAGGCAAUCGACAAUGUAAACCCAAGAUGGUCGAGUUUAGAAGUACCGAUCAUAUAUGCUACCAGUUAUUCUACUGCCAAUGAAGUCAUUGUAAGAUUGUGGAAAAGGAUGACGACCGUCGAUAAUAACGUAACGACUGAUUCCACCGUAUUCACGUGGGGCGUAUCUUUCACUGGCUUGGCAUAUAUCGGUCCGAAAUUACCAAAUAAUUUGGAAACCAUUUUGAAAGAAAAUUCUUUAAUUUUUCAAUUUCACGGUGGAUAUUUUACUCCGAUGUACUGCUUCGUCGAAAUUCCCGAGUUAAAAAGGUAUCUACGUAUAAAAGUGAACGCGUGCGAGAUAAGAGACAGUUACACAGUGAGUAAGCUUAGCAGCUUGAGAAAUAAAAUGCAAGCGUUGAAACAGCAGACAGAAUCGGUACAGACACUUCGGAUGCAAAUUGCUUCCGGGGAUAACUUUCGUACGUCGAAGUAUUCACAGUCCUCGUUGAACAGAUUGUUUCAACCUCGUAAGGUGAACAGGGAGAAGAAGGCAGAGAUAUUAAAGAUACGCAAAGAGUUGGAGGUAGCAAAGUUUAGAACAAAAUUGUUGGAACAAGAAAGGGCGAGGAAAAUGGGAGAACUGAGAGUGUUGAAUCAGUUACAUUCCAACAUUAUGGAGGAAAAUCAAGAUUAUGGUAUCGAUUAUUGUUACGUAAUAUUAUUCGUGAUGUACGUACGUCGUAUAUACGUAUAUUGCAUUUUCGACGCGUUUGUUGUUCAAUUAGGUUCCACCUUGAUGGAAAGGUACAGAGAACUGAACAAAGACAUUGAGAGAUUACACGAAUGGCGCCAAAAUCAAAUAGAUACGAGAGAAACGUACAUUCAGUUGAGCAGUCAACUUGCUCAUAGAAGAAAACAAUUGAUUUCGGAAUUGAGCUUGAUAUAUCCUAUUUCUCAAGGUGGAAAUGGAAAAUUUAGAAUACACGAUGUUCAUUUACCAGAUAGCGAAGAUUUAGAAUUGUCGAACGACACUGUAGUUGCUGUGGCAUUGGGAUUCGUUGCACAUACCACGCAAAUGAUUGCCAAUUUUCUCAACAUACCUACUAGAUAUCCCAUCGUACACUACGGGUCGCGUAGCAAAAUUAUAGAUCAUAUUACAGAAAAUUUACCCGACAACGAAAGACAAUUUCCUCUGUUUGCCCGAAGUAAAGACAAACUACAGUUCCGUUAUGCUGUUUACUUGCUAAAUAAAAAUAUAGCUCAAUUAAGGUGGUACUGCGGCCUUCCAACGACAGACUUGAGAGCGACACUUCCAAAUCUUGCCACUUUGAUAAAUAUUAAACCAAGUCAAUCUCACUUGGACAAUUCGAAACGGACGUAUUCCACUUCGUCUUUAGACAUCGAAGUUGGAAAUGGCGGUAAACAAAGUAGUAUAACGCCACCGAUACGAAAAAUAAUUUUUGAAAAAUGUCACCGAUCUUCGCGAUCCAUGUGCCAACUGAAAAGUAUAAAAUCUUCUCUUGGCUCUUCUUUGGACCAAGGUUUGGACAAACCCGUGCAAUCCCUCGUUUUAGGUAGUCGAUCGAAACGAAUUUGUAAGUCGGAGGAAAGUGCCAUAGACGACAACAAGACGUUGGUACUGGUGAAAGAUCGAUCGAGCAAUAGUAGCAAUGAAACUUUAAACAAUGCUAUAUUGAACGAUAUAACGAACAUCGAAGACACUUCUCGAACGAAUAACGACGAAAGUGCGUUGGAAAAUAACAUUGAGAUCACGAUACCGACUUCGGUGUCAAAGUCGACCAACGUUACGGAUAGUUUCGAAGGUUCUGCGAGUACGAGAGAUCGAAGCUCAAAUUCCAUAAGUAGCUGCGAAAUGGCACUUGCCAGCAGUCAAAACGGGGAUGACGUUUCAAGCGAUGUGAAUAACGUAGUUAAAAUAGAUGAAACCGUAGAACCUAUUUCGUUUGUCAAUGAUAUUUUGAUAAAUAUCAGUGAUGUGGAUGAUGUGAACGAUACUUUUUUAAAGAAUGGAAGGCACGAUAGGGAAGAUCGCAAUGAUGUAGAAGAAGAUAAAGCUCCGGAAGAUGGUGAUAAACCACGGCAAUUGGCACCUAACGACAAAAGUUUUAGCGACCACGAAUAUACCUCGAUCGCGACAGAACCGUCGAUGUGUAGUAAAGAACAUUUUACCAAAUCCUGUUUGUCUUUGGACGACAUAAUAUCUUUCGCUUACGAAGAAACUGAAAAGAAACAAAGGACGAAUUCUAUUUGUAGUUACCCGGAAGAAUAUCUUUCAUCCAAGUAUCUUACACCGCGGAAACGAUAUAAUUCUGAAUCGAACUGGGAACAGGAGAAUUGAUAGAAACAGCACAGAAAUCGGAUUGUUAUUCGUACGACGAAACGAGCCAACGUGACUUUCAAACAUCGAGCGAAUACAUAGAUAUUAUUAAACGUAGUUCCGAAAAUGUAUAUGCACGCACCGAAGCUUUAGCUAGUAAGAAAACUAGUUUUAAAGUUAUGAAACGACUGUAGUAUUUGUUUGCUUGCUAAAAUCGAACAAAGUACUCGUCGUUGUUGCAACAGUAUAUUAAUAUCCGAACGCAGCACCAGAUCCAAAAAAUGUUCACCGCGUGUUUGUACGUAGAAGAGAUUAGAUCGAUAUGAACGUUAUUGCUAAAAACGUGAAAAUGAAAAAUGA